AUGCGGUUUCGAAGGAGAUCCGGAAGCCCCCCCACUAUUUCGCCCCGUGCGUGGUCCUUCCUUCGCUGGCAAUCAACCCACCCCCACCCUCUCUUCCCCUCCCAGGCCUAUCACUCCACUCUGAUGGACCCCGAUAACAAACUGGUGGGGAACAUGGCUCUCUUGCCCAUCCGAAGUCAGUUCAAAGGACCGGCUCCUCGCGAAAGUAACAAAGAUAUGGACAUAAUUGACGAGGCCAUCUACUAUUUCACCAACGUGUUCUUUAAAAAUUACGAAAUCAAGAAUGAAGCUGACCGAACCUUGAUCUACAUAACUCUCUAUAUUUCGGAGUGCUUGAAAAAGUUGCAGAAGUGCAAUUCCAAAGGGCAAGGGGAAAAAGAAAUGUAUACUUUAGGGAUCACCAAUUUCCCGAUUCCCGGAGAACCAGGAUUCCCACUGAAUGCUCUUUAUGCCAGACCCAGCAAUAAGCAGGAGGAAGAGAUUAUGCGAGGGUAUUUGCAGCAACUGAGGCAAGAAACCGGCUUGAGGCUUUGCGAAAAGGUCUUUGAUCCCCAGACUGACAAGCCCAGCAAGUGGUGGACCUGUUUUGUGAAAAGGCAGUUCAUGAAUAAAAGCCUGUCGGGCCCAGGGCAGUGAAGACGACGGUUAGAUCUUCUGCGGUUACAGCAUUCUCUGUUCCCAGGGUUCUUGGGAUUAUCGCUUCUGCUUUAAUAUACGUUUUCUACUGAAAGAGGAAAGAUAUUUCUGGAUUGCCAGGCCGCUGAUGGGAUGGAGUUUAAAAAAAAAAUCAUGUGCAAUUUUUGUCGAGCUUGAAAAUAAUAAAAGCAAAAGUUCUUUCUAA